GCAUGAGAUUGUGAUACUUCAACUUCAUACUCAAUACACUUUCUCAGUUUUAGUGACACAUAAGCCUUCAACUUCAUUUGUUUAAGCGAACAAAGACUUCUUAUGUGUUUCUGUAAGUUGAAGGGUUUAGGGUUUUAGAUUGAACCCAUGAAAGCAACACCAAGUCCAAGCCCUUCUUUUCUUCAAGCACCCAGAAUCCCCAAACCCAGAUACUCAUAUUCAACACCACACAACAGGCACAAGCACAAGCACAAGCUCCCCACUUCCCAUUUUAGCAUUAGGCUUUUAGCAUCCCAAAACCCCACAAAUUCUUGCCCCCAAAAUGCCCAUUAUCAUGAUCCAGGAAACUCAUCCCUUUUCUUCUGGACUGCCACAGAGAUAGCUGAAGCUGUAAAUGGCAGAGUUGUAAAAUGGGGUCCUCCUGGAACCAUUUCUACAGACACCAGAACCCUUGAACCCAAUCAAUGGUUCUUUGCCAUUGCUGGCCAAAACUUCGACGCCCAUGAUUUCAUAAACCCUGAAUUAUCAGAAAAAGGAUGUGUCGGAGUUAUUGGUAACCGGGUUUGUGAGAAUUGGGACAAGGGUUUUGUGGAAAUCAAUGGUGACACUGUGAGUUCAUUGAUGAAGAUGGCUUAUUAUGCAAGGAACAGAUUCAAUGGAGCAGUAGUGGGAGUGACUGGUAGCGUGGGAAAGACUACAACAAAGAGUAUGAUAGCUCUUGCUCUUGAAAGUCUAGGAAACCCGGUUUAUCAAAGUCCCGGGAAUUGGAAUAAUAGGAUUGGAGUUGCUUUGUCAUUGAUUGGGAUUCCUAGAAAUGCAGGGGUUGUGGUUUUGGAAAUGGGAAUGAGUACAAAGGGAGAGAUUUUGGAGCUUGCAAGGAUGGCUAGGCCGUCAAUAAGGGUGAUUUUGAAUGUGGGCGCUUCGCAUUUGGAGAAUUUUUCGAGUUUAGAGGAGGUUGCAAUGGCGAAAGGGGAGAUACUAGUGAAUGCGAAGCCAGGGGAUGUGUGUGUUUUGAAUGCUGAUGAUCCAUUAGUUAUGAGCCUUCCUAUUCCAUAUGGGGUUAAAAAGGUGCUCUUUGGUCGGAGUGAGGGCUGUGAUGUUCGGUUGAUUGUUGCUGAAAAUGUUGACGGAGGUCUGGGAGUUCGAGUUGUACUAGAGAAAAAUAAAGAGAAGGUGGAAUUUCUAAUUCCUAGUCCAGGUCUGCAGCUGGCACUCAAUGCAUGUGCAGCAGCGGCGGUUACAACUCUCUUGGGGGCUUCUCUUUUUGAAGUUGGGAUGUGCUUGUCAAGAUUUUAUCCUGUUCACAUGAGGUUGGAGCUUGAAGUUGCCAAAAAUGGCAUCAAAAUACUAAAUGAUGUCUACAAUGCCAAUCCUGUUAGCACCAAAGCUGCCAUAGACUCACUAAAAAGCAUUGAUUGCUGUGGUAAAAGGGUUUCCAUACUUGGAGACAUGCUAGAACUUGGCUCCAUGGAGAUUGAGUCUCAUCAGAUGAUUUUAAACCAUUGUUGUGACUCCCAGAUUGACUUAGUUGGCCUUGUUGGGAAGAGGUUCUUUGCAGCAGCUGAGAAUUUGAAUUUAUUUGAUAAGAUAGAUACUGUACAUGCCUAUGAUGCAGCAAACCUUGCAUUAGAAAUCAUAAAGAGGCUAGAUUGUAAUGAUGUUGUUUUAGUGAAGGGUAGCCGUGCAAUGAAAAUGGAGAGAGUAGCUGAUGCAAUAAAAGCUAUGGAUAUUCAGAUCCAUGUGAAUUGUGAUAUUUAAUUUCAUAUUAAGAAAGCUUCAGAUUUCAUUGGAUAAAAUUGCUUCUUUUUACAGUUCA